AUCAUCUUCAAGUAUAAUCUAUCACAUAGUCACUGUUAUAUUCUCUAUUAAAAACCUUACAAACCCUUUAGAUUUAAAAACUAAAAUGACAAUAUAGUGAAAACCAAAAAACAAAAUGGCGUCCUCAAACGGCAAAGACUCUAAAAUGACGGCGUCAAUAGACAGCCUAAAACUGUCAAGUAAAAACACCUCAGUGUGUUCGUCGAAGCAUGCAUCGUCAGAGUCCGUGUUGUCCAGGAGAGACAAGGACAGCAUACAGAUGCAGGAGUGUAAGAAGAAACUGUUGAACGAGCAGAUUAUCAUAAGGGAUGAGAAUGUGGUGCUGCGGUCGCCCGCGCAGAAGAAGAUCGUCAUGCCACCUACUGUCAACCCUGAGGAGCUAGCAGCUUCAACGCCGACCCAACGCAACUGGCGCGGGAUCCUCAUAGCACUGCUAGUCAUCGCGGCAGUACUGGGCCUGAUUGUGUUCAGUAUCGCGCUGCUAACGCCGGCUGGUGACGGUGGAAGGGUGCGCGGGCGUCGGCCAACGCUGCAUGAGCUGCUUCAGGAACAUUACAAGCCGUUUAAUGGGACUUGGCUGUCAGAUGAGGAGCUGGUAUUUCGGGACCGCUGGGGCGGGCUCACGCUGUUCAACGUACGCAACUUCACCACAAGGCUGCUUAUGAACAACUCCACUUUUAGAGAGCUAAACGCGGUAGACUUUAAAGUGUCGGCGGACCUCAAGUUCGUGCUGCUGGUGUCGGACGUGAGACCGGGCUGGCGGCACGCCAGGCUCGCCAGAUACCACGUCUAUGACGUCAUCAACAGGAAUAAGAUCCCUAUAUCGCCAGUCGAAGAUGACCGAACAGCGCCACUCCUGCAGUACGCGGAAUGGUCCCCUACUGGAUCUAGCCUGGUCUUCGUUCAUGACAACGACAUCUACUACAAGCCCAGAGUGCUCAAAACACUGGUGUGCCGAAUUACCAAUAAUGGUGUUCCUGGGGUGAUCUUCAAUGGCGUCCCGGACUUCCUGUACGAGACGCAAGUCCUGCGGCUGGAGCGCGCGCUCUGGUUCAGUCCUGAUGCGCAGACGCUGCUCUACGUCAGCUACAACUGCUCGUUGGUGCACCAGCACCAGUAUCCUUGGUAUGGGCUGGAGGAACAAGAGCCUCCGGCCUACCCGGCUAUUAGGACGCUGAGGUACCCCAAGGUGAAUACGAACAAUCCAGUGGCGACGGUAUACGUGGUCAGUUUGAAGACGCCCAAGUUCCUAUUCCCACACGCGAUACAGUUCACUCCGCAAAUUGACAAAGACUGGUACGUCCGCUGGACGGCGUGGACAUCGGAGCGGCAGCUGGCGGUGCUGCUGCUGAACCGCGCGCAGAACGUCUCCGUCAUCAGCGCCUGCAGCGCCACCAACUACAACUGUCAGGACAUAAUCCGGGACGAGUCCGACGGCACCCGCUGGUCCGGCCUCGGCGCUGAGCCAGAGCCCGACUGCGGCUGGUGCGGCGGCUCGGCGCUGCUCGGCGGACGCACGGCGCUCUUCACCAGCGCGCCUGUCAGCGACCGCGGCGGGGCGUGGCGACACGCUGUGCGGGUUGGCCCGGACGGGAAGACUAGCGUCACGCAGGGGCCGUUCGAAGUGACCCAGUUGAUGGGUUGGGACGAGGGUAGGAAGCUACUUUACCUAAUGGGCACUGCACCAGAAAAAGCAGGCGAGCGACACUUGUACCGCGUUCGAAUAGCCGAUGACGGCACUUGGCCGGCGCCUCACUGCCUCACGUGUCCGGACUCAGCCCCUCUGCCGCCUGACGAGCCGCCGCCACCUACCAGUGAGGAACCGCCGUUGCAGGAGCCAGAAAACUCGACGUCGCCGCUGCCGGCAUGGCCGACGUCGACGGUGCUGCCACACGUGUCCGAGGAGAACGACUCACUGCCCGUCGAGUGUCUUUACAACCGAGUCAUCUUUAGCAGAAACUUCUCUUACUAUGUCCAGGAGUGCCUGGGUCCUGGACCACCCACCAUCUUCCUAUGCGCAUCCAACGGAGAGCGUCGCUCGGUGUUGUGGGACGGGGCCCCGCUGCGGCAGAAAUUUGCCGCGCUGGCCGUGCCACAAGCCAAGGUCUUCAGAGUCGAGGUGCAAGCGAACAGGGAGGCGCGUGUGAGACUCUACCUGCCGCCAGGGUUCCGAGAGACCGACGAUCUGCCGCUGCCACUCGUGCUGCACGUGUCAGCGGAACCAGGAGGGCAGCUGGUGACGGAACAAUGGAAUCCCGGGUGGGGAUGGUACCUUGCAGCCGCGCGUAAUUUCAUCGUGGCUGAAAUUGAUGCGAGAGGCUCUGGUGGGCAGGGAGAGGAACUCAGAACUGAAAUAUAUCACAAGCUGUUGUCGGUUGAUGUAGAAGAUCAAAUUGCCGUUUUAUCGUACCUCCGCGACAACCUGAAGAUGGUGGACGGCGGGCGCGUGGGCGUGUGGGGGCGCGGGUACGGCGCGGGCGCGGCGGCCGCGCUGGUGGCGGACGACGCGCGCAACGUCACGCGCUGCCUCGCCGCUCUAGCGCCUGUCACCGACCUGCGCCACUAUAAUUCAUUCUGGACGGAGCGAUACGCGGGCUACGGCGCGCACUGGGCGGGCGCGCUGGGAGCCAGCGCAGUGUGGCGUAAAGCAGGCAACCUUCCACCCCGCCGACUGCUACUGGCUCAUGCUACAGCUGACCUCGCCGCACCGCAGGACCACGCACUGGCGCUCGCUCGGGCGCUGAUACGAGCCGGAGCUGUUUAUACACACCAGAUUUACCCCGACGAAGGCCACAACUUCGAGCGCUCCACCAUCCACCUGCACAAGUCCAUGGAACAAUUCUUCGACGAGUGCUUCGGGCCCGUCGAGGUCGCCGACUGGGACGUCGGCGGGGUGGGGGGACUCUUCCCCUUCCGUGACUAGUGCGAGGAGGGGGGGUUCUUAUCUUGCUAGAGCUGAGCUUGCUUCCUCUCUUAGGAGUGAUGCUGAGCUCUCUCUUGUAACUAGUGCUGUCUUUAGAGGUUUAUCCUCUCUUGCCACUAGUCUGGUGCUGAAGGACCCUCCCUCUUUCGAAUAUAGUGGGCAUCAAUGACUCUAACACUAAUGCUUCUAUAAAGAUAAUUUUGUUUCUUGUGACUAGUGUGGUAUCAAGUUCCUCCUAAAACAACUACUGAUACUGGAACAAAAUGAUUGCUGCUUUCGUAAACGUGCAGUGUGUUUACAACUCAAAAAAUUUAAUAGUGCAAAAACCCAUAGCAAAGAAAUCUCCGUAAUAUACUAAUAUGAUCCGGAACAGAACUCCGUCAUUUCUGAACUGAUUUGGAAAAUCAUCACUACCUAUUUGAAAGAUAUAUUCAAACAGAGAAACACUGGGUAGUUUCUAGGAAUGUAAGAAAUGAUUGAAACAUUAAUUAAAACGAAUCUCAAUUGAUUCUAAACAUACCUGUGUGUGUACCUAAUGUAAUUUAAUGUCAAAAUAUUAUUGGUGGCAAAAAACAGAUGGCAUUGUACACGUAUUGAAAAAAUUUGUAGAAUGGAAAAAAAUGGAAAGAUAAAUUAAACGCUUCCAAAAUAAAAGAAAGUUGGGUAUUGAAAGGCAAAAACGAUGCAGCAUUAUUUAUUUUCAAGAAGAUAGAAACGUGGACUUUUGAGAAAUUAAAGAACCGUGAACCAUUUUCCUAUUAAUAAGGUGGUUUUAAUGAUGUUUCCUGAUAUUUAAAUCUAGCCUAUCGAGUUUAAUCUUGUAAACGAUACGAUUAUUCAGAUGUCGUUGUUAUAUAUUUGUUAGGGUGCAAAUAAUAAAUGGUUACGAUAAUUCCUCUUAUCUUCUAUUUGUCACUAAAAUUAGUGAAUGUGUUCAUUGUUAAUAACUUGAGAAACCGGAAACCUAAAAACGUUCAAGACUCAGAGAAGUUAACAUUCAACGUAAAAAAAACUCGUGAAGAUUUAGAAAAAUACAUUGUAGAAUGAAUAAAGUUAGAUUUUCAGGGCUUUUAGCUAGUUUGGCCCCGAAAUUUGUCCUGGAUUAUUAAAACCAAGGCACAGUGAUGUUUGUGUCUAGAUUAUACAAUUAUGUACUGAACAUGGCAUAAUUUUGACCAAAACUUUAAGAUAGUUAAGAGAUGAGGUAGAAAAUCUGUUAAUAAUAUUGGUGCCAUUCGUGUUCCCAUAACGAUAUAUCUGGUCUAGUCUUCUUAAGGUUUUGGUCAAAUUAUAGCUUGAUCUAUUUCUAAGAUUGGCUUUAAAAAUAUAUAAUAACUACUAUCAGUUAAAAUACAAAUAUCAGUUUUAAUAAUAUGAUUCAAUAUGAUUCAAAAUAUUUACGGUUUUGGUUAGUUGAGGACCAAAAUCCAAUUAACUUUUAUUUGAAUGACAUUUUUAAACAAAAUGAAGCCAAACUUGCACUUCCAAGAGAAUUGGAUUGAUAAAUCUUUGUGUGAUAAAUAUUUAAGGUGUAAUAUCAAUGGCUGUUUCAAGUACAUAUAAGAAUAAUUUUUAGUUUUCCCUUUACUAGAUUGCACCAAAAGGGUGGGUAAUAAAUGUAUUUGAGUUUAUAAGUUUUUUUUUAUAUAUUGCGUGUAGUCUAAAUGGCAUUAUGGAUGUCGUCAUCAUUAAUAAUGAGAUGUCUUAAGAUUAAUUAAAUCGCUUAUUAUUGGCGGUUUUUGGAUAAAAAACAACCAGUAUUAUUUAUUAUUUUCUCAUAACUUUACAUAGUUUUUCGUAACAAUAACUACAUGUAAAACAUUUUUCUAGUUGUAUCCUUAUUUGAAAGAAUGUUGAAGAUUGUGGAUAAAUCCAAACCUUUGAAGCCUAAAUGUUAGACUUUAUUGUAAAACAAUAAAAUAAAGUACGACGGUUAAAAUAGAUAUUUAAAGAGAUAAAUGUAGUAUUUUAUUAGAUGUUUAAAUUGAACUCAAGUUUGUGAACAGAUUGACGAAUAAUCCUCACUUACUGCGAAAUCAAUUGUUCACCGGCUUGACGAUGGGAUAACAACUCCCGUAAAUUUUCUUAUGAUUAUUAUAAGGAAGGAAAUUCUAUUUUAUCGUGUAAUGUAUCAAGAUCUUUAUCUAUACUAUUUCUAUGUCGCUUUCAAUGUCAUCGUAAAAUAGCUUUAAAUAUAGUUCCCUUAAAUCCUUACCUUGAUAAGAAAGUCUUUAUUAUACAAACGACUUUUUAGUCUGUACACGGUCCUACCACAGUGUAAAAAGUAACAGUGGACCGACGCCUUUGAUGUUGGCGUAAAUGCCGACACCGCACAAGAACACAAUAGGGUUGUCACAGACUUUUACACAACUGGCCAAGACACACACUUGAAUUACUAUAAAACACGCUAGCCGUGUAAGUAGUACCGAGCUACUAACAAAGGCGAUGUAUGCACCUCGGGUGCGCGCGGUACACCCGCACGAUUGCCCUGUCUAUACGGCUUCGUCGAAUGGCUGUAUUGUUUUAUAGACUGUGGUCCUACCGUCGUCCAUUGAAAUUAAAAUGUAUUUUACUAGCGACCCGCCCCGGCUUCGCACGGGUGCAAUGCUGAUGUAUUAUACAUAUAAACCUUCCUCUUGAAUAACUUUAUCUAUUAAAAAACCGCAUCAAAAUCCGUUACCUAGUUUUAAAGAUCUAAGCAUACAUAGGGACAGACAGACAGCAGGAAGCGACUUUGUUUUAUACUAUGUAGUGAUUACCAUUGGACAGCUGCAAGUCCGUUGAAAAGCAAGCAAGUGUUAUUUCUGAGUACUGUACUUUAAAGUCAUUUGUAAAAUAGAGAGUAACUAAUAGAUUGUACGAGUAACUUACACCCACAUUGACUUUAAACCGCCUAAAAUUCUCAAUAUCUACAUUCUAUUUUUGCCACAAACAGACGAGUCGAUGGGGGAUAAAUAUCAAAAAGUAUAAAACUUUACCUAAUAAUUGAAAUAACCUAGGUAUCUUACUCAUUUCGAGGUAUUUCGUAGACGAACUGUUCGAAAGCAGCUUUCGACACCGAUUAGAACGAUGCAUGAUCGGUGAUUGAUAUCAAACAGAAUUAUUUUGUUUCCUACUUGUUGUUGCAUUUAUAUUAAAUAUCCGUAUUUUUGGAAUAUUCAAAUGAAAUGUUUGUAAUAAGUAGGUAUGCAGUAAAGUUUUGUCUGCGUUUGCCUCAAACAUACCUAGAAAGUUGCCGAGAUUUGAUCUUUGUGUAAAUUAGAACUUCUGGAAAAAAAUCGAAUUGCACAUCAGAAUAUAAAAAAACAUCAAAAAGAUAUGGAAAACAGAUAGAAAUAUUUGAAUGGUAAGUCUCGGCGAUUAACUGUAGUCUACUAAUUCUACCCUUACAUUGAGUUACGAGUAGCUAAGCUAGUCUUAUCUCUAGUCAUUUUAUUUCUCUAAGAACUAUAACUAGGUGUCGAGGUUUUUAGAUCUCAUUGUUUUGGAUAGGUAUAAUUUUCGUUGAAAAGUUUUUUAUAUGACAUUUUUUUACUCAUAUUAUCAGGAGAAUUUAGAAUAGAAUCAGGAAAAAACUAGUUUCAGAAAAAAAAAUGUUUUCAAAUUUGAAUAAGUUGUAACAUUGAAAUAGUUAUAUUACGUAUUAUUUUGGUUCUGUUCAGUGUCAAGAGAAUCAUAUUCUAUAUAAUAUAGUAUAGAUACGUAAAGUGAUAUAUGUUCAUAUAUACCUACAUGUUACAUGUCUUAACAACACUCAGUGGAUAUAUUGUUUGAAUUUAUGUUGAAUUGUUGUUUCAUAUAAAACAAUAAAAAGUUGUUCCCAA